GCCCUCUGGGUUAAUUCUGAGAUGGAAGUAAUGGCCUCAGUGUGUAAGGAGGGUACUGUAGGAAGAUGGAUGUCCUUGCUUUGAUCUCCAGCCAGGGGCCACACAAGCAGGGUGGUGUUCCCUGGGCUUUUCUUGGGAAGCCUCACCCUAACCCUGCAGGCAGAGGCCUGGUUAGGUCUGUCUGGGGACAAGAAGAUACCAGGUGGCGCCACUUAAGCUCCAGGCCCUCCAGCUGAGCCCAGGCUCCUUCCCCUCUGUUGACUCCCUCCCCCAGACUCCUUCCUCCCAGGCCACACUGUGACGAGAGCUUUGUUAUUUUUCAGGCUGGGCAGACAUUGAGUCCUGUGGGUGGCAUGUGAGUGGGGACACAGCCAGAUGGGAGAGACCAGUCCACCACCCACCUCCAAGUGAACCUGAGGUAGUGGCAGCACUCAGGCAUGGGAUGUUGCAAGCUGGGCUGCUCAGGCCUUCCCGUCCCCUACAGGAGGCUGGAGGCUGGAGCUUCAGGAGCUCUGUCUCCCUGUGGCCUCAGCUGUUAGGGCCACAGGAGUGGGGUCCUACUGCAGUGCCCACCCCCAUCCUGGUCCUGUAGACCUGGCACUUGUAGCCAUGUGCCUUGCCUGGGGACAGAGAAGCUGUCCUUAGAGCUUGCCCCCCGUCUGUUGCCCUGACCCUUCGGUUCCGGUGUGCACCCCUGAGCAGCCAGGCUCCCCUUUUCGUCCUGCUGGCAGAUGAGGACACUGCCAGCCUGGCCUUCAUGGGUUUGGCCCCUGCCCCCAGGGUACACAGUGCAAAUCACAGCCUGCGGAGACCCAGCUCUUUCAAACCUAUUUUAGACCUCAGCCCCCCUUCCUCUCUGGGCUCUUCCUAGAUUCCAACCAACAUUCAGGCUUUGGUUGGGGGUGUCCAGAGAAGACAGUAGGGGCUGGGGGAGAGACAGGCCUCCAAGAAGGGGUCUGGGCAGCGUCCAGAGGUUGGCAGUCUCAGAUUGCACCCACCUUCCUCCCUCAUCCGCCAAGGCCCAGCCCAGGCAGCCACAGCGCCCAGCCACAACAUCCUCUGGGCUUUGUCCCACAGAGCCAGGGUAGAUGACCCCCAAUUAGCCUUGGAAACUUUCCCUGUGUCCCGCCUGCCUGACCCCUGGGCAGCCACAGCCCCCUUACCUCAGGGGGUAUAAAUAGUGCUGGUGCUGGUAGGGACAGACUAGCUGAGUUGCUGCAGCAGCCCCAGUCACCACGCCCCCAGGCACCAUGAAGGCCCUCACACUGCUCACCCUGCUCGCUCUGGCUGUGCUCUGCCUGGCUGCCUGGACAGGUAAAUGUCCUCUCCUCUCCAGGGCAUGGCCCUGGGCUCUCCUGACCCUUCCCUCCUCCAAUCUCACUGCCUUCCUGAGGCUCAGUCCAUUCGUCCCCAGAUCUACCCAUGGAGGGAGAGGCAGGGGGAUGAGCAGGGUGAACUGGCUCCCUUUUUCUGCAGAUGCAAAGCACAGCGGUGCAGAGUCUGGCAAGCGUGCAGCCUUCUUGUCCAAGCAAGAAGGCAGCGAGGUGGUGAAGAGACUCCGGCGCUACCUGGACCAACCUGGUGUUGGAGCCCCCGCCCCUGCUCCAGAUCCCCUGGAGCCCCAGAGGGAGGUGUGUGAGCUCAACCCAGACUGUGACGAGCUGGCGGACCACAUUGGCUUCCAGGACGCCUAUCAGCGCUUCUAUGGCAGGGUCUAGGAUUCCUGCCCCGCCGACUGCCCACAGCCCCACCAA